UUCAAUACACACGAGUCUGCAGUACUAUAUUUGAUAUCAACUCCAUUUCUGACUUUCCAUUCUUCUUUCUUUUUUUCCGUCACUAAAACCCUAAUCAGAUGGCUUCAACUUUUGCUGGUGUGGUGUCAGUGGGGUCGUUGGCUUCUUCAAGUAACAGGGUGAUGGAUAAGAAUCUGUCAACUUCAGCAAACAAGUUGUCAUCUUUUGCUUCAAUAUCUUCUAGCGCAUUGGGGAGGAGACAGACUGUUAACCUCCAAAGAGCCCCACGAACUGCACAGAUUAAAGCCGCAGCCAAGGAGUUGUACUUUAACAAGGAUGGGUCAGCAAUAAAGAAGCUGCAAGUUGGCGUAAACAAACUUGCAGAUCUAGUUGGGGUUACUCUCGGCCCCAAGGGCAGAAAUGUUGUUUUAGAAAGCAAGUAUGGUGCGCCUAAAAUUGUGAAUGAUGGGGUUACAGUCGCCAAAGAGGUUGACUUGGAAGAUCCAGUCGAGAACAUUGGUGCGAAGCUAGUUAGACAAGCAGCUGCCAAGACCAAUGAUUUGGCUGGAGAUGGAACAACGACAUCUGUUGUCCUUGCACAGGGCCUUAUUACAGAAGGGGUUAAGGUCGUGGCAGCUGGUGCAAACCCUGUCCUUAUUACCCGAGGUAUCGAGAAGACAACUAAAUCCUUGGUGGCCGAGCUCAAGUCGAUGUCAAAAGAGGUGGAAGAUAGUGAAUUAGCCGAUGUUGCUGCAGUUAGUGCUGGCAACAACUACGAAGUAGGGAACAUGAUAGCUGAUGCCAUGAGUAAAGUAGGACGUAAGGGUGUGGUGACCCUUGAAGAGGGCAAAAGUGCUGAAAACUAUCUUUAUGUAGUUGAGGGAAUGCAGUUUGACCGUGGUUACAUUUCACCUUACUUUGUAACUGACAGUGAGAAAAUGGUUGCUGAAUAUGAGAACUGCAAGUUACUAUUGGUAGACAAGAAAAUAACAAAUGCAAGAGAUCUUAUUGGAGUACUGGAAGAUGCUAUCAAGAAUGGCUACCCUAUAGUUAUAAUCGCUGAAGAUAUUGAACAAGAAGCGCUAGCAACUCUUGUGGUGAACAAACUUAGAGGGGCAUUAAAGAUUGCUGCACUUAAAGCUCCAGGAUUUGGAGAGCGGAAAAGCCAGUAUCUAGAUGACAUUGCUAUCUUGACUGGAGGGACCGUUAUCAGGGACGAGGUGGGGCUUACCUUAGACAAAGCUGAUAGUUCUGUUCUGGGGCAUGCUGCCAAGGUGACCCUUUCCAAGGAGUCUACCACAAUUGUUGGUGACGGGAGCUCUCAAGCAGCAGUAGAAAAGCGUGUGGCACAAAUUAGAAAUCUUAUUGAGGCAGCUGAGCAGGAUUAUGAAAAGGAAAAGCUUAAUGAGAGAAUUGCAAAGCUCUCUGGUGGAGUUGCUGUCAUUCAGGUUGGAGCACAAACUGAAACAGAGCUCAAAGAGAAAAAACUUAGAGUAGAAGAUGCCCUUAAUGCAACCAAGGCUGCGGUUGAGGAAGGUAUUGUUGUUGGUGGUGGAUGUACUUUGUUGAGGCUUGCUUCCAAAGUUGAUGCUAUCAAGGAGACACUUGAUAACGAAGAGGAAAAGGUUGGAGCUGACAUUGUGAAGAGAGCUUUGAGUUACCCCCUCAAGUUGAUUGCAAAGAAUGCAGGUGUUAAUGGAAGUGUUGUUAGUGAGAAGGUUUUAGCUAAUGAUGAUGCCAGAUUUGGAUAUAAUGCUGCCACCGACAAAUAUGAAGAUUUGAUGUCAGCUGGAAUUAUUGAUCCAACAAAGGUGGUGAGAUGUUGUUUGGAGCAUGCUUCAUCAGUAGCAAAAACAUUCUUGAUGUCGGAUUGUGUAGUCGUAGAGAUCAAGGAACCUGAACCUGUGGUUGCUGGAAACCCCAUGGAUAAUUCCGGCUAUGGGUACUAAGGCAGCUGAAGGAUCUCUGAUGGGAUACUAGAAACGAAGAGGAACGGGGUUGAUUGGAUAUUCCAUUAUUAUAUCUACUAGGAGGUAAUCCUGUGUUUAGAUUAGAUCUCCAGGAUGCGGCAAGGCAUGUAUCAUGACUUUUCUGAGUAUAAAUGAAGCGCAAGUUUCAUCAUUGUUCUCUUUUAUGGUAUUCCCUAUUGUUGCAACUUCUCUUGUUAUAUUAAUGUUUGUUUUUAUAAA